AUGGCAACUUAUCAACCCUACAACGAGUUUUCCACCGUGACAGGCGGUGGGUUCGAUAAUUCUCAGAGCUCCAGCAGACCAAAUACCGGAUCCGGUAACGUUUCACAAUCAACACUGAUGCCUGUCACUAUCAAGCAAGUGCUAGAAUCGAAACAGAUGGUUCAGGACGGCCCAUUUGUGAUCAAUAACCUGGAAUUGCAUCACGUGGUGUUUGUUGGAGUGGUCAGAAAUGUGGUAGACAAAACCUCCAACAUCACACUCACGGUUGAGGACGGGACGGGCCAGAUCGACGUUCGCCAAUGGACUGCAGACCCUACUGACAUGGCUAAUGCCAACGAGGGGCAAACCGACGACCAAGAGGGCUCUUACAGUUCACAAAUAUCUCGGUUGUACCAGGUGGGGACUUAUGUCAAGAUAUUUGGUGCUCUCCGCGAGUUCAGCGCCAAGAAAAACGUUCAGUACGCUGUAGUAAAACCUAUCGAAAGUUUUAACGAUGUCAUAGCUCACCACUUAUCUGCGAUGAAAUGUCAUGCCAUAGCCAAUGGGAAAAUGGAAAGCCCGGCAUAUCAGACCAACGACUCCAAUACAAGUAAUCAGCAAAGCGGAGAAGACCAAAGUCUGUUUGUGCAGGACAACUCUGCGACGGAGCCCAAGACGGCAUUGCAUAAGAUUCUUGAGUUUUGUGGGGCGCAAUGCGAGGGCAAAGAUGCAAGCAACUUUGCAGUUCACACAAAACUAAUCGAACAAAGCUUAGGUAUAUCAGAAGCUGACGUGAAGAUGUAUUGUCAGACUUUAGUUGACCAAGGGUUCAUUUACCCCACAUUCGACGACAGUAGUUUCUUUGUCUUAUAA